AUGUCGGAAAAAGGGCAGGAUGUCAUCCACUCCGAAGAGCCCAACGGCAACUUCGAUCGCACAUGGCGGGAGGAGCAGUGGGGGGACAAGAACCUGAGUGUCGCGGCUCAGGAUGUCGCCAGGGACGAGAAGGACAUGACAAUCCCCCAGGCCAUCAAGAUCUACAAGAAAGCCAUCUUGUGGAGCUUGGUUAUUUCAACCUGCGUCAUCAUGGAAGGAUAUGAUACGAAUCUCCUGGGCAACUUCUACGCAUACCCAUCCUUCCAGAGAAAGUAUGGUGACUGGGUUGGCAUCUCGAAACAGACGCCCACUGGCUAUUCGCUGACUGCUGGUUGGCAGUCUGGUCUGGGGCAAGGUAGUGGCUGCGGUUCCAUCUUAGGCACAAUCCUCAACGGGUGGCUGGUCACGGCAUUCGGUCCUCGCAAAGUCUUGCUGUGCACCUUGUCUGUCAUGACCUGCUUCCUCUUCAUCGUUUUCUUCGCGCCCAGCAAGGAAGUACUCCUCGUGGGCGAGAUUCUGCUGGGGUUCGAAUGGGGCAUCUUCGCCACCACAGCUCCGGCCUACGCCUCGGAGGUGCUCCCGCUGCAGCUGCGCGUCUUCUUCACCUCGUACGUGAACAUGUGUUUCAUCAUCGGCCAGUUCAUCUCCGGGGGCGUGCUGCGCGGCCUGGUUGGUCGUAACGACCAGUGGGGGUACAGGAUCCCUUUCGCGGUCCAGUGGCUGUGGCCGGCGUUCCUCAUCCCUUUGAUCUGGUUCGCCCCGGAGUCGCCGUACCACCUGGUCCGCCACAACAGGCUCGAAGAGGCUGAGAGGUCGAUUCGCAGACUGCAGGCCCCCGGUCCCGGUCUGGACCCCAAGAGAACUCUCGCAACCAUCGUUUACACGAAUAACCUGGAAGAGCAACUCGCCGUGGGAACGUCGUAUUUUGACUGUUUCCGCGGGUUUGAGAGACGCCGGACCGAGAUCGCCUGCGUGGUCUUUGGAGGUCAACUCGUGUGUGGGCUCUGCUUUGCCUAUGCUUCAACAUACUUCUUCCAACAAGUCGGCCUGGACACCAAGGCAGCUUACUCCUUGGGCGUUGGAGCCAACGGGCUCGCGCUCCUGGCCUGCUUCGCCAACUGGUUUCUGCUCAUGCCAUAUUUCGGCCGUCGCACCGUGUACGUGUGGGGGAUGUUCGCCAUGGCCGUGGAGCUGUGCCUGAUCGGCAUCCUCAACGUGUGGACCGACCGUCCCUCCGUGGCGUGGACGCAGGCCGUGCUGACCCUCGUGUGGACCGUGACAUUCCAGCUCAGCGCCGGCCAGCUGGGCUGGGCGCUGCCCGCGGAGAUCGGGUCGACCCGGCUGCGACAGAAGACCGUGUGCCUCGCGCGCAACGUGUCCAACAUCACGGGAGUCAUCGGCGGCACCCUCGAGAACUUCUUCAUGAACCCCAACGCCUGGAAUCUGCAGGGCUACACGGGCUUCGUGUGGGGCGGAUGUGCCUGGCUCGUGUUCAUCUGGGCGUUCUUCCGACUGCCAGAGACAAAGGACCGCACCUUCCACGAACUCGAUAUCCUGUUCGCGAAGAACAUCCCGGCGCGCCAGUUCCGGACGACCCAGAUCGACGCCUUCGACGAGCACGCCCAGAACCAGCUCGCCGCGCGGUACAACUCGUUCUCGGUGGACCGUGACGGUGACGGCCACAGCCGCCUGCAGUCGCCACGCCGCCCGUCCUUCGUGCCCGCCGUGACCGAUCUGCUGGCGAGCCACGGCCGCGCCGAGGACGCGCUAGCGCAGCGCAGGGGCUCGAUGGUCACAGCCGCGACGCCGAAUGGGUCGCGCAGACCGUCCAUCGCCCCCGCUGUCACGGAGUAUUUGAAGACUCAUUGA